AGAAGGUGCAGGAUAUCUUCCAAGACGAUGGCGACGUUUUCGGAAUCAUCGUCUAAGGGCCGACACGUAAGGCUACGAAAAACUCGGAUCGGCCCAUCUCGCAAGAAACCCGAAACCCCCAGUGAAGGUCCAGACCAAAGAUCGAGCGAUCCGGUGAAGGGAGGUAGGUUGUCACGCGACUCGGACAAGUCGUGAAGGAAGAUGAGGGGUCACUAUCGAUCACCACCCGAGUACGCAGGCAAUGCACGUUUCAACCGAAGACCGAAGACGGUGAUAAACCAGAGCUCCCCCCAAAAAUGCGCACAACCAAAGUCGAAUCGAAUGAACAUUCAUUCUCCAGCAAAGACAAAGACAAAGGAAAUAGGAAAUAGGAAAAUAGGAAAAAAAUGACAAAAGAAAACAUUUCCAUCCUUGCUAAUCCGGCUAUCCCUCACUUACUCUUACCAAAUGUUGGGGAGGGGGCGAGGACGAAGGGGAAGUUAGUACACGGUUCCGCAAGGAGCGGUGGUGCCCUUGAUGACGGUAGUGGUCUUCUCGCAGACCUUGACUGGAGCGACCUCCUUCACAACGGUGACAGGCUUAACCGGGGCGCAAGGGCGGACAGUCUCGAAGUACUCAUUGGGGCGGACAGUCUCGAUGGUGACGGCGUUGGGGCUCUUGUAGACAGCCUUGCUCUCAAAGUCGACGAGCUCAAGGUUGGCUGGAGGGCAUCCGAACUCGGCCUCGUGGAUGGCGUGUGCUGUGGUGCAGCUGUCAGUGCAGCUGUCAGUGCAGCCGGGGUAAGCGUAUCCGCGCUUCACGUUGAUGUUGAUGUUCUCGUUGAUGGUUCCUCCAGUGCACUCACCCUCGGAGUGAGCGAUGGAGUGGGGGAUUUCGCAGCAGUUGCCGCCGCCGCAGUUGCCGUUGUUUCCGCAGCAGCAGUUGUUGCAGCAGUUGUUGCUGCAGCAGCUGUUGUUCUCCCGGUGACGCUCGUGACGGUCGCAGCGGUUGUUGUUGUUGUCGAUGGGGCAAUACUGGAGGGGCUGAACGGCGGCAGCACUAGGGAUAGCGGCGGCAGCGGCAGUGGGGCAGGGCUGAGCGGCGUAGUUGUUCUGGAUGGGCUGGAUCACCUGGGGGCUGUUGCAGUCGCACGAUGAGGAGCUGGGGCAUCCGCAGAAGCCCUCGUUGUUUCCAGAGUUACCGCUGUUGAUGGUGUUUCCGCCGAACUCCUGGCCACCGCAAGAGCCACAGCCGCUGUCGCAGUCGCUGUUGCAGCUGGUGUUUCCGAAACUGCCACCGUUGCCGCUCUCGCCGCUGUUGAUGGUGUUUCCGCCGAACUCCUGGCCUCCG